AUGAAAUUUAUUGCCACAGCAUUUGUCCUUUUUAUGAAUUCGAUUGUCGUUGUUCUCUGCGUAGAAGAUGAUGUGAUUGACGUUAUAGAUACUCUAGGUAACCAGAUGUGUCUUAAAAGAUGUAGCCAGAUCAGUGUCUGUGUGUCCGUGGAAUAUAACAAAGAAAACCUUCGAUGUAAAUUGUUGAGUGCACAUAGUGUUAAUAAAGAAACUACACCUACACAACUUUGGAAUGGGACAGAAUGUCAAAAAAGAGUCCAGGUUAAUGUUUGUGAAGAGACCAUUCAAAGUGUUUACCUUUCCUCCGGAAAACUGUUUUGCUUACCAAAAGAGCAAUAUAGAAAUGUAGCUUUAAGAAAACCAGCCAAUUUGUCUUCUGUGUGGAGAUCGGAUUCAGAUGCAUUUAACGCUGUUGAUGGUAUAGGAAUCGUCACGGUCAGUGGGCCAGAGCACUGUGCUCACUCUGAUGGUUAUGAACGCAAUCCCCACCUAACAAUUGACCUACAGAACCUGUUCUACAUUGAUCACCUACUUCUUCUAACAAGAGGAGAUACGAGUGCGGAGUUUUUUCAUGACGUUGAAGUCCGGAUAGGAAACCUGACUAUUUGGGAGGAGAUGAAGACCUGUGGUCUGUUUAGCGAGACUGCAGAACUUGGUCAGUGGUAUAAAAUCCAGUGUGCCUCCUGCCUUGUCGGCCGAUUUGUAACAAUAAAGAUUACUGGGGAUAGAAUGAUGACAGAUCAUGAUGGAAAUUUGCUAAGCUUAUGUGAAGUUUCCGUCUGGGGAAGAAGAUACUACAAUUCAUAA